UGCAGCCGGUUGUACGAACGUUUCAUUAAAGUUAACGGCUCAUUAAAGUGUCAUUAGCGCAUCAUUAACUAAUGUGUCAUUAAAUCUGUUGUACAAAUAUUUUAAUGAAGUAAAAGUUCAUUAAACUGUCAUUAAAAAUCAAAUUAUUUAAUGAUGCCCAUGGGGCAUCAUUAAGCGUUCAUUAGCAAUUAAAGAUGGCAGCCAAUGUUUUAUUUGACCAACUCGGACGCCAGCGAAAUGACCGUGUGUACAGGGAAAGAAUUGAUCACUUAGAUCAAAUGCGCGACGAGGAAGUUAGGAAAAGAUACAGAUUCAACAAAGAAAGUAUAAGGUUCAUUUGUAACUUACUUAGAGACAAAUUGCAGCAACCCACUAAGAGAUCACAGGCUCUCUCUGUAGAGCUCCAGGUCUUGAUAGCAUUACGUUUCUAUGCUACUGGCAACUUUCUGCAAGUGUUGGGAGAUACUGUUGGAAUAGAUAAGGGAACUGCAUCUCGAGUAGUAAGAAAGGUAUCCCUUGCCUUGUCAGAGCUCCUCCCAGUUUAUGUAAAAUGGCCUUCCGAGGACGAGAAGAGAGAAAUAAAGAAUGAUUUCUACAAAAUGGCUGGCUUCCCUGGAGUAAUUGGCUGUAUCGAUGGGACACAUGUUCGGAUACAGCGCCCGUCUGAAAAUGAACCUGCCUUUAUAAACAGAAAAGGGUACCCUUCCAUCAAUGUACAGGCUGUUUGUGACAGCAAAGGAAGGUUCACAAAUCUAGUAGCAAGAUGGCCAGGCAGUACCCACGACAGUCAUAUGUUAAGGACCAGCAACCUAAGAACCGUUUUAGAGAGGGACAACAACGGUUUACAAAAUGGUAUUCUUCUUGGUGACAGUGGUUAUGCCUGUAAACCCUAUUUAGUUACACCAUACUUGAGACCAUCUGACCAGAGCCAAGAAAGAUACAAUGGUUCACAUUGCAGAACAAGAGUUACAAUAGAAAGAGCUUUUGGAUGGUGGAAAAGACGUUUCCACUGUCUACAUGGAGAACUUAGGAUGCACCCUGAGAGAGUCUGCACAAUAAUUGGUGCUUGUGCAGUCUUGCACAAUUUGGCAAUUCUUUUAAGAGAGCCACAAUUGGACCAGGACCAAGAUGUUGACAUUGGGGAGAUUAAUGGACAAAACAAUGGCCAAGAAGAUGGAAAUGGUGUAAGAAACUACAUUACAAGAACCUUUUUUAGCCAAUAAUUAAAUAUAUAUAUGCAGAUGUUAAAUGCACAUCAAUGAUCUGCACAUCUUCUGUUGAUGCUGCAGGUGCUCUCUCUUCACACUCUAUUGAUGGACUGGGAUGGCUUGUGGAUACAGAAUUAGCAGAUCCUUCUUUGAAUUGAUCAACAAACUUUGAUAGUAAAUUCAUUGAUUGUGGCGUACCAACAAUUUCAACUGCCUCAUGACCUUAAAG